GUCGAUUCAUUUUUCUCCUACCUGAAUCAGCAAAUUCGUGCUGCAAAAUCGGGGCCUCAAAAAUCGCGUUGGAAUGAAAUGAAAGCUUCAGAAGCGUGAGGAGUGACGACCACCAUAUAAACACUCCCAAAUCUGGCGCCACAAAGCUUACCAAAAUCUCUUUCACAAUUGAAUUUUUGCCACUCUUACAGCCUUCUCUCCUUCGUAUUUUUGAUUCUCUUUUUGUUCAGGGUGCUCGAAGAAGCCUGAAACCGUCGCCUCGUUCUCUCUCUAUCUCUCUCUCUCUCUCUCUCGUGUUCUUCUCCGCAGCGGAAGCCGAAGAUGACGACCUCUCUCUGCUACGUCGGCGCCGUUUCCAAGGCGCCGUCUCUUCACGGCCGGAGCAGAGCUCUGUUUCCUUCCUUCACCACUCAACAUUCUUCACUCUCUCGCCCUCGCUUUUGCAAGGUUGGUGUCAGAUGCAAUUAUUCUGGAGCUGGUAUACGGGAAAAUUCAAACACAGGGACAAUUGAUGUUGUGGCUGAUGUGAAGAGUGAGCGAAUUGUGGUGUUGGGAGGCAGUGGUUUUGUUGGCUCUGCAAUAUGCAAAGCUGCAGUGUCCAAGGGUGUCGAGGUUAUAAGUCUGAGCAGAUCAGGCCGUCCCUCAUACUCCGAAUCAUGGCUAGAUCAAGUCACUUGGAUUUCAGGUGAUGUUUUCUACGUAAACUGGGAUGACGUGCUUUUAGGGGCUACAGCAGUUGUUUCAACACUUGGGGGUUUUGGAAGUGAGGAACAGAUGAAAAGGAUUAAUGGUGAGGCAAAUGUAGUGGCCGUGAAUGCUGCUAAAGAUUAUGGGAUUCCAAAGUUCAUCUUGAUCUCAGUCCACGAUUACAAUCUCCCAUCCUUUCUAUUAUCAUCAGGUUACUUCACAGGAAAGAGGAAAGCAGAAUCAGAGGUCCUCUCCAAAUAUCCAAACUCAGGUGUUGUCUUAAGACCAGGCUUUAUAUAUGGGAAGAGGAAGGUUGAUGGCUUUGAGAUUCCUCUGGAUUUGAUAGGGCAGCCAAUUGAGAGAAUACUAAGUGCUGUAGAGAACUUUACUAAACCUCUUAGCUCACUUCCUGCCUCCGAUUUGCUUCUCGCUCCCCCGGUUAGUGUUGAUGAUGUUGCCUAUGCAGCGAUAAACGCUGUCACUGACGACGACUGCUUUGGAGUUUUCACUAUUGAGCAAAUCAAGGAAGCUGCAGCAGCAGCUAGGGUGUGAAAUCAUCUUCUAAUCUGCUAUAGUUCUAUGCAUAACUUGCCAUAUAUAUGCUGAAUGUGUUGUGGGUUUCACAGUGAUAUUCCUGUGUCCUCCAGUGUUCCUAGUACUGAAUAUUUUUAUUUUUUACUUCACUUAUCAAAGGUUGAUGUCAAUCAAUAUGAAAAUUACUCGUAUUAA